AGGUAAACAAAAUGUCGUCAGUCGAAGAGGAGCUUCUGGAAACACUGGAUGAGCUGGACGAAGGGAAACUUAAGAGAUUCAAGUGGUAUUUAAAUCAAAAUAAAUCAGUUUCAGCUGAUGAUCUGGAGAAUGCAGAUGUCACUGACACAAUGUAUAAGAUGAUGGAGAGUUUUGGACCAGAAGGAGCAGUGAAGAUCACACAGAACAUCCUGAAGAAAAUGAAACACCUUCAGAUAGCUAAACAAUUAGAGAAGGAAGCGCACAAUGAUAUGGCUCAGGUUAGAAGCCCUUCUCAAACUGGAGUUUGUGUUGAUGUCAUUGGUCAAAUGGGUGCAACUGUAAAUACUCCGGUAGUCGCUGGUAAUGUUAUCUCAGGACCAGUAACCUUCAACCUCAGCACAAACACUUCAGGAGUCGGGCUACAAAAACCCUCACUGGAUGAGACAUGUGGGAAUCAUGUAGAAAAACACAAAAAGGGAGAUGUCCUGAAACAGCACAAAUCCAACAUGAAGGAGAAAACAGAACACAUUUUUGAGGGCAAAAAAGAAAACAAAACACAGCUCAAAAAAGUGUUCACAGAGCUGUUUAUAGCCGAAGGGGAUAUAACAGAUGUUAAUAACGAACAUGAGAUUAUAAAAGUUGACAGAGCUUUCAAUACCCCCAAAUUUAAGGACACACCAAUUGACUGCAAUGACAUUUUCUGUUUACUGAGACAAAAGAAAAAGGAAAACAUUGUGCUCACCAAAGGCAUCGCUGGCAUUGGAAAAACCUUCUCUGUGCACAAGUUCAUUCUGGACUGGGCUGAGGGAUACGCCAAUCAGGAUGUAGAUGCAAUGUUCCUGUUUCCAUUCAGAGAGAUCAACUUGAUCAAAGAUAAACAGAUCAGUUUUCAUGAGUUUCUGCUUGAAUUUCAUCCCGAACUCAAAGGACUAAACGAUGAAGAGUUGUUUAAAAGUUGUUCGCUUGCUUUUGUUUUUGACGGACUUGACGAAAGUCGCCUUCCACUGAAUUUCAACUGCAGUCCAGUGACCUCUGUUAAUACAAAAUCAUCUGUCGAUGCCUUAUUCACAAACUUAGUUAGAGGUCAUCUGCUUCCAUCAUCUAUCAUCUGGAUAACAUCAAGACCAGCAGCAGCCAAUCAGCUGCCUCCUGAUUGUGUAGGUUUGUUCACCGAGGUGCGAGGAUUCAAUGACCGGCAGAAGGAGGAAUACUUCAGAAAGAGAAUAAAAGAUAAAACUCAAGCCUCUGAAAUUAUCAAACACAUUAAGACGUCUCGUAGUCUCUACAUCAUGUGCCACAUUCCUGUCUUCUGUUGGAUCGCCGCCACUGUACUUCAUGAAAUUCUCAUCAAGAACAAUGGGGAGGACAUUCCCACAACCCUCACUGAAAUGUACAUUCACUUCUUGCUGAUUCAGAUGAACAUGAAGAACCAAAAGUAUGAAGAAAAACAUGUAAGGGAACGUACAAAGCUGCUGGGAACAAACAAGGAGAUGAUUUUCAAGUUGGCCAAACUGGCAUUCGAACAGCUGAAGAAAGAAAAUAUCAUGUUCUACGAAGAAGAUCUGCAAGAAUGUGGCAUUGAUGUAAGUGAAGACUCUGAGAACACGGGAAUGAUCGCCGAGAUCUUUAAGAAAGACUCUGUGCUUCAUGAGAUAAAGGUUUAUUACUUUGUACAUCUAAGUGUCCAGGAGUUUUUUGCUGCACUUUACAUAUUCCUCUGCUACCAAAACAACAAUAUGGACGAGCUCGGUUUGUUCCUUGGGAAAUUACGUCCCCAAAAAAACCUGCUGUAUGUUUUGCUGAAAAAAGCCAUUGAUUAUGCACGGGGAAACGAUAGGGGACAUUUUGAUCUCUUCCUUCGAUUCUUGCUGGGCAUUUCUCUUGAGCCAAAUCAGAAACGCCUCACAGGCUUGGUGGUCCACAAGGAGGACGGUAAAAAGUGCAUCGCGAAAACAAUCCAGUACAUCAAGCAACUGCAGAACAACGACAAGUGCCCGGAUAAAUCCAUCAACCACUUUUUUUGCAUCCUCGAGCUGCAGGACAGAUCUCUGUACCAUCAGAUCAAGAAAUAUCUGAGUUCAGAAUCGGUCCAAAAGAAGGAGAUAUCCGCCUCAAACUGCUCAGCACUCGUCUAUGUGCUUAUGAUGUCAGAAGAAUUGCUGGAUGACUUUGACGCAAAGAAGUUUAAUACGACGUACGAUGGACGAAGAAGACUGGUGCCAGUAAUAAGAUGUUGCAAAAGAGCUCUGUUUUCAGACUGUGGACUGACAGAAACAUGCUGUGAAACAGUGGCUUCUGCUCUUCAGAUAGAGAACUGUCCUCUGACAGAGCUCGACCUGAGUGAUAACUUCCAUAUUGCUGCAGGGGUGAAGCUCCUCUCCGCUGGACUGAAGAGCUCACACUGUAAACUAGAGAUACUGAGACUGAGCUGGUGUAAUCUCACUGAAAAGAGUUGUGAGAUGCUCUCUUCGAUUCUCUCCUCAAACUCAUGUCUGAGAGAUCUGGACCUGAGUAACAAUGACCUGCAGGAUUCAGGAGUGAAGCUCAUCUCUGAUGCUCUCAAGAGUCCAGACUGUAAACUACACACACUGAGAUUAUCAGGUUGUAUGGUGACAGAUGAAGGUUGUUGUUAUUUGGCUUCAGCUCUGAGUUCAAAUCCAUCAUCACACCUGAGAGAGCUGGAUCUGAGCUACAAUCACCCACAACACUCAGGACGCCAGAUGCUCUCUCAGAGACUCAACAAACUCAUAGACAAAAAUCACAUACUUCUUUCCUUUUGCUUUCUUUUAUAUACGUCUGCUUUUCUUUAUUGUGACAGAUACAAUUUUUGCUUUUGCAGAACGGAACCUCGGGGGGAGUGUUUCAUCAAGGCAGGGAUAAGAAAGUAUGCCUGCGAUCUCACGCUGGAUCCAGAUACAGCACAUGUUGAACUGUGUCUCUCUUCCGGAGACAAAAGUGUGACUCACACCAAUCAGAAACAGCCUUACCCCGAUCAUCCAGACAGAUUUGAGUCUUAUCCUCAGGUUUUGUGUAGAGAGAGUCUGACUGGACGCUGUUAUUGGGAGGCUGAAUGGAACGGUCCAGAGGGGACGAUAGGGGUGACCUACAAACACAUUCUCAGGAAAAAGGAUGACCUUGGUAUGGUGGAGGCAACCCCAGAGCUUGGAAACAAUGAUGUUUCAUGGAAACUGACCUGUGGAGUGAGAUCAUCUGUUUCUCACGAUCAAAAAGACAUUGAAAUACAGAUCCCAACUUCUUGUUUCUCUAGAGCCGGAGUGUUUUUGGACACGGAGGCCGGCAGACUGUCCUUUUACAGUGUUUCUGACACACGCACACUUACAAAUCUGUACACAUUCCUUGUUUCUUUUAAAGAGCCUCUCUAUGCUGGAUUUAAGGUGGACAGUGGCACUUUGUCCUUGUGUCAGCUGAAGUAACACCGAUAGCAAUGAAGAAGACAGAAAACAUUGAAUCAGUGUUGAAAAUUGUUGCACAAUUGAGUUUCAAUUUCAACAAACCGCCAUCAUUGUGAAUGUGAUCAGUGUAUGCAUUUCAUCAGCUCAUUUGCAUUUUAGAGGACAUACCAAAAACAGCACAUUUUUGCUUGCACAUACAAAGUGGCAAUUUUAGCAUGCUAUAAUAAAUUACAUGUGGGGUAUAUUGAGCUAAAACUUCAGAAAAACAUUCUGGGGACAACAAAUACUUAUUUUACAAAAUAUACAUAAUAUGAACUGGUCACUCCUCCCAGAAUGUUUUUGAUGUCUAUAAGCUAAUGAGUUCAAUAAGAUUCAGUUAAUGAUUUAAAGUGAUUCAUUAAUAAUCAACACCUGCUGUUAACAAACACAAUCAACAAAAAAAGAUGAACAAUAAGAUGUGACCCUAAUAGUAUUUAGUGGUGGUUUCCCGAACAGGGAUUAGCUUAAGCCAGGACUAGGCCUUAGUUUAAUCAUGCUUUACUAAAAAAAUUACUUUUGUGCAUUUUGAGGCAAAACAAAAG